GUAAUGUUCAAAGCUGAGGCUGUUGUUUGCUUCGCGAUUUCCCUUGACUCAUUCUCCUAUCACUUCAACAUUUCUCCUUCACAGUUGAUCGGAUUGACAGCAGAGCACUCCCAACACCACCACUGACAACCAGCGCAAUCAUGGUCCACCAACACGGAGACCACCACGAUAUUCCAGCGGACAAGAGGAAGGUCAAGGCGGGCGCCUGGCUUCCAGCGGAUCAUCGCAUCCACGAAGAAUGGCUCGAUACACAGAUUGGCCAUGCUCACGAUAACAAGAAGCAGCUCAUACCCGUCCUCCAAGAGUUCAAGGAUUUCAUCGAGGGCAAUACGAGAGUCUACAUGCUCUUCGUUCAAAUGUUUGAGGAAGUGCCUCAGAAGCACCCCUACAACAAGGACCCAACUGGGCGCAAACAAAUCCGGGACUACCACCACCUACUCGAGAUCUUGAACCACGUCUUCGGCCAAGCGCCAACUUGGAUCGACGCCGCAGCGAAUGUGGGCAUGGUCGGUGUUCCCAUGUGCGCCAUCCUCGAUUACCCCAUGGGCACACCCUCGGGCUACGCAGCCUUCCUCGACCCAGAUGUCAACAAGAUGCUGAAGAAGGUGCUGAAUGAGUGGGGAAAGCUGUUGACAACGCCCAAGUCUGCGGAGGUCCUGAACACUGGCAAGCAGGGAUGGUUCAGCGAAGUGGGACAAAAGGAUAUCAUGGAGGUUGCAAACGCGCCAUUCCAGACUUCAUACAAAUUUGAAGACUUUUUCGUUUGCGACCCUAAAGCGAAGCACUACGGCUACAAGUCAUGGGAUGACUUCUUCACGCGCCAGUUCCGAGACGAGGUUCGUCCAGUGGCAUCGCCCGAGGACGAGAACGUGAUCGCGAAUGCAUGCGAGAGCAAAGUGUUCAAUGUGGCGCGCAACGUCAAGCUGAGGGACCACUUCUGGAUCAAAGGUCAACCAUAUUCCGUGCGAGACAUGCUUGCCCAUGACCCUCUCGCCGAGAAUUUCGCUGGUGGAACUGUGUAUCAGGCUUUCUUAUCUGCUCUCAGCUACCACCGAUGGCACUCACCCGUGAGCGGAACUGUCAAGAAGGCGUUUGUCCAGGAUGGGACGUACUUCUCCGAACCUCUUUUCGAAGGUCUCGGAGAGCCUGGCACGCAGGACAUUGAUGCUGGAGGCAUCAGCGUGGGGCAGGGAUAUCUCACAGCCCUCGCUACCAGAGCCGUCAUCUUCAUCGAAGCUGACAACCCUGCGAUCGGCCUCAUGGCGUUCAUCGGAGUCGGAAUGGACGAAGUCAGCACGUGCGAGAUCACAGUCAAGGAAGGCGAGCACAUCAAAAAGGGACAACAGACGGGCAUGUUCCACUUUGGUGGCAGCUCACAUGUCUUGCUUUUCCGCAAGCAUGUCAAAGUCGAGGGCUUCCCAGAACCGGGUCGCAAGGACAACGUUCCGGUUCGUAGCCAGGUUGCCGUUGUGAAGCCAUAGAUGUGCGACUUCCAUUCUCGUGGCUUGCACGUUUUUGUGGCGGCGCUGAAACUGGCGACGUGCGUCGGUGACGCGAGACAGCAUCGGAAGAGAUCCAGGAGAACCUGGUCUGGGGCAAAGAGCUCUGAUGCGAAUGAUGCAGCUGGCAAGAUCCAGCUAUAACGACAGAAAUGACAGCAACAGCGAAAAGUACAAUGUGAAAGAAGAAGUAGAAAAGUCUGCGGCACAGUAGCAGAGAGACCAGAAAUACAAAAUUUAGCCACCCACGAAUUGAAUAACUCAAUACAAACAGUUCUUCCCAAAAA